AUGCCAAACGAUUGUCUUAGCAAAACUUGUAAAUAUGUGUUUCUUGCAUUAAAUGCCAUUCUUUGCAUCUUUGGUGCUGUUAUAUGCGCUUUAAGUUUAUGGAUGCGUUUCGAUAUAACAAUUCGACAAAAAUUUGUAAACAUUUUAUCACAAUGGGAUCCAAUAAAUUAUGAUAUUGCUGAGUAUGAUAUUGCUUUAUAUGUUAUAGCAGGAAUCGCUUUCAUUCUAUUCAUAUUUGCUCUUUUUGGAUAUUUCGGAGCAUUUUGUGAAAAAUUAUGCGCAAUACGAGUGUACUUUUCUUUGAUAUUACUCUUACUUUUACUUGAAAUCGCUGGCUUAAUAUAUUUGCUGAUCGACCAAGAACAGGUGAAAAAUCUAUUCAUAAAAAUAUUCAAAGAAGAAUUAGUUGAUAGAUUUUAUAAAAAUUCUUUAAUACGACAAGAACUCGAUGAAUUGCAAUCACAAGCACAUUGUUGUGGUGCUUCUGGAUGCGAAGACUACUUAUUUGCUCCAUUGUCGUGUGGAUGUUCACCACAUGUGCGAGUGACUGGAUGUGCGAUUAAACUACUGAAUGCAGUUAGUGAAAAUAUGCCUGUUAUUUUAAGUAUAGCAGGUAUCAUCAUAAUUAUUCAGUUUCUCGCAUUAAUAUUUUCAUGUAUAACAUGCGUCGCAAUUAAACGAAAACAACAUAAUUAA